UCUUCAUGGCACUUAGUCAUGUCAGCUUAGGUAAGAGUAUGUCGAGUAUGUCGCUUUUCUGGUGAAAUUGAAGAAAGGAAGAAGAGGCGCAUUCUCAGGAAACGGAGCUUCGAAUCAAGCUCUGAAAAGGGAGACAAUGACCUCCUCUCUGACGUUGGCAGAUAAAGCACUCACAGUUGCCUUCUCUGUGGUAGUGUUGCUAAAUCUCCUUGGCAACGGCUUGGUAUGCCUGGUUGUGUUCCGAUUCCGAGGCAUGCGAGCACCAAUCAAUUACCUGCUGGUCAAUUUGGCAGUGUCGGACAUGAUGGUGGCACUUUUUAUCAUUCCUGAUUACAUCGUUAAUUGGGCAUUUCAGCAUCCAUCAGGUGUCACAGGAGACUACAUGUGCAUGUUUAUCACUGGUGGAAACUUCGUUUGGGUCGGCAUGGCUGCGUCCACGUUCUCUUUGGUAGUAGUAGCCUUUGAGCGUUAUACUGCGGUCGUUUAUCCCCUCAACAACAGCCUGCGACUUACUAAUCGACGAUUAGUUGCUGUUAUAAUGGCAAGUUGGCUUUAUGCCAUAUUUUUCAACCUGCCCUUGUUUUUUGUCGUCCGACAUGAAGAUGGAGUUACUCAUUGCGUCGAACGUUGGUCAAAUAGCACUCUCAGGGAAGAGCACAAAUUAGGCAAAGUUUACACAGUUGCCUGCUUUUUUGCCUUUGGUGCAAUUCCCAUGGGAACCAUUGCAUUUUUAUACUUAAGGUUGCUCUGUAAGCUUUGGAAAAGUGGUGUUCGCGCCACGCUGAUAUCUGAACAGAUAAGAAUCAAAGCAAGGCGGAAAGUGACCAAAAUGGCAGCAGUCGUGAGUAUUGUGUACGCAGUGUGUCGGUUACCAAAUCUGGUGUUAUACAUGUUGUCAGAGUAUAGACCAGAUCUCUAUGAAUAUGGCUCAGUACCUUAUGUCACCUCUGUUGUGCUUGUAGGAGUGAAUUCAGCCAUGAACCCUUUCAUUUACGCUCUUCAUAGUACCAACUUUCGCCAGCACAUUAAAGUAGCCCUGUGUUGCAGAGACUAUCGGCCAGCGGAUUAUCUUCGAAUUCCAUAGAAAUCUGGGGGACAAAAUCUCAACAAUAAACUCAAUUAAAAUACUGCUAAAUUUAAAAAGACAAUGAAGUUACAACAGUGCUAUGAAGGGGAAGUAACGGCCAAAAAUAAUAAUCAGUGUAAAAGGGAUCAAAGGAACCAUAUAAACUUAAUUAUUCUGCCUUAAUUGUGACUUAGUAGGGAUGUUAAAUUCUUUUCUAUAUUGGUCGUUUUCAUACAAAAAUGAGUGUGAACUCGUGCGUUGAAUACUAUUUUAUUUAUUUACUUAUUAUUAUGUUAAUUAUUUGGAUAUGGUUUUAUUAGGAAAUUGUACAGCGCUGCUGGAUGUUUAGAAGCAUGCGGUAAAUAAAAUUAUGCUAUUAUUAUUAUUAUUAUUAUUAUUAUUAUUAUUUAUUAGAACCAAAGAGAGUCGAGUCGUCAGGCUAACUCUGUAGUUGAGUAUGGACUGGUUUCUAAACAAUUAUUGGAGGAGGUUUUUGUGAUAUCCGGAAUAA